AUUAAAAUGUCAUCAUAAAGAAAAAAAAAAACAUUGUGUUAAUGUGUUUAAUUUUUACAUUGCUGCAUUGUGUUGGAAUAAUUUCAAAAUAAGCAUUUUGAUUUCUGUGUGCAAGAUCAAUCCAAAUUCUAUUAAAGACUCACAAAAUAAACACAAAUAUUGCUUUGUAUAUGUCACUGUAGAUACUUUGAUCAAUGUUUCAGUAUCAAACAAGCAGAGGAAGUGGGAGGAAAUUUAACUGUGUGUGCACCAGAGCAGGCAAGCUGAAAAAAGAGAUACACUUUUGUUCAAACGUGCUGUGAAGUAUCUGUGCUCUCCUGCCUGUGUGAUUUUGUAUGCAAAUUCUUUAAGAAUUCAGACAAACUGUGAAAACUUCCUUUUUUAAGAACAUUUUUAUUUCACGAAGAGCGUUCUGCAUCCUGAUAAAGUAGCCCAUCUGAGUUACAACCACUACACACAUCAGAAGAAUGUUUCUAACAUCAAGAUCACAACCCCCUUGGACCUAGGAGGGAAACAUAAUACAGUAGAAAGACAGACACUCGGUGAAGGAUGACAAUGAAUGCUCUGUUUGUAAAGUGGAUGCUAUUUGUGACCCUGAUAAAUUCAGACUUUCAUUAUUGCCAAAAUAUAAAAUUCAGUUUGAUGAGCCCUGCUCAAACUGCAACAGAGGGGUCAUGUAUUGAAAUCAAAUGUAAGCCAGUCCAACCCGUUUCCAUAAAUACAGAAGCUUACUGGUUCUGGAUGAAGGAUGCAAAUUGGACAACAGAAAUGGGUUUUGUUGGGACCAACAUUUUCAGCUCGAAUGAAGCAGAGCGUCCUGUCAGUCCAGAGUUUAAAAACAGAGUCAAGUAUCUCAGCUCACCGACAAGUGGGAAGAGGGAUCCAUCAGAAGUGUGCAACAUAUUGAUCUGCAAUCUGAAGAAAACAGACAGCGGAGAAUAUAUGUUCAGAUACAUUUUGGGAACCUUCAAAUGGAGAACAGAAAAUUUUAAUCUAACUGUCCAGGAAAACCCAUGCCUUAUCACUUUUAGCCAACCACCGGCUGUGAUGGCGAAUAAUAACGUGACACUCACAUGCUCUACAUCCAUUUCAUGCAAUUCUGACCCUCAAAUUAACACUCUGGAGCAGCUGCCCUCACCAAAAUGGUUAAGUUCUCACAACAUCAUGGAUAAAAAUGAAACAACCAAAAGCACCAACCUUAGCUUUACUGCCAGCUGGACGGAUGAUGGGAGAGAGUUUUCAUGCCAAACAUCAGAAAACAAGGACAAGAAUUUGAUCUGGAAAGUAACCUUGACUGUAGAAUAUUCUCCUAACAACGUAGUUGCUAAGAUAAGCCACGAAGAAGUAAAGGAAGGAGACUAUGUGACUCUCACGUGCUCUGCUAAUGGAAGACCCAAUGUCACUUUCUCUUGGUUUAAAAAUGGCAAACACAUCCAAGAAAGUCAGCUUAAUUUUACAUCAAUUAAAGAAUCAGCUAGUGGAUCUUACUUCUGCCAGGCUCAGAACGGCCACGGGACUAAUCAGUCUAACACAUUACAAAUUACUGUGCUCUAUCCAACUUCAGUUCAGAUCCAAUUAGAACAUCUGACCAGAAGCUAUGACAUCAACAUAAAAGAAGGAGACAAGAUCAAACUUGUUUGUGAUGUGAAAAGAAGCAAUCCACAACCUGGACAGUUUAGUUGGUUUAACGAUAGAGGACAUGUUUGGGUAGGGCAGGAAGUUGUUUUCUCCAGCAUCAAACCAGAAGACAGCGGCACUUACGAAUGUACAGCCGGAAACAGUGUUGGUUCAGGAAGAUCAAACCCUUUUCACCUUAACGUUCAAUACAAGCCACAAAGCAAAGUUUCUACCAGUGCCCAAGAUAAAGUGAAAGUGAACAGCUUCCUUAGAUUUACCUGCGAGACCAAAGCAAACCCAGAGCCCUGGUUCUCCUGGUACCAUUAUAAACAGUCCGACCCCACCAACUGGACACCACUGAAUACUGAAAAGGAUCUAAGAGUAGGGAGAGUUCAAAGAGCAGACGAAGGCUGUUACAUAUGCAAUGCAAGCAACACAGUUGGUAGCGGGAAGUCCAGUCAGCCCAAGUGCAUUCAAGUACUUUUUCCUCCCACCAACAUCUCACUGUUUAUGGUUCCUAAAGUUAAAGAAGGCCAGUUCAUAACAAUCAACUGUACUGCUGAAAGCUUCCCUUUGUCAGAAUUUGAGUUGCGAAAAUUCUCAGAACGUUUUUUUAAUCAGCCUGCUAAUGAACAAAACUCUUUCACCCACACAUUUAAUGUAACUUCAACCCACGCAGGGUUGUACACCUGCAUUGCAUCAAACAGCGAAGGAAGCAACAGCAGCAACCAGAGGAAACUGGAGGUUGAAUAUGCUCCCAAAGAUGUGAGAGUAGAACCUAAUCCUGGAGAAAAUGUGAAAGAAAAUGAGUCAUUCUCAUUAACCUGCAAUGCCCACUCCAACCCACCGAUAACUCAGUUCAAGUGGACAAGAAGGAACAAUGACAAGGACAUUACUGUAAGCACCGAGAAGACCUUCACUGUACAUUCUUCCAAGCCCUCUGACAGUGGGCUUUACAUCUGUGAAGUCCAAAAUGUGAUUGGAAGUGGGAAAUCACAAGUGAAGAUUAACAUAAAGUAUGCACCAAAAUGGACGACAAUCACUAAAGGAGAGGAACAACAGCACCCGGGGGGACGAAGUUCUGUGACACUUAGCUGCAGCAGCCACUCCUAUCCUCCUGCUAAUUAUAUCUGGUACAAUAAGACAGAUAACGCACGUGUUUCCGGCCAUCAGAACUUCACGGUGUACUCCCAUCAAGCAGGGGAGUACUACUGCACUGCCAGAAAUGAGAUGGGUCAGAUCAAGUCGGACUCAGUCAGCCUGUUUGAUGACACAUUUAUGAAGAUUAUGAAGGCUGUUGGCUGGCUUUUUUUUAUCUUGCUCAUCAUAGGCCUAAUUUUCUUGUACAGGCACAGGAUGAAUAAAGCAAAUCGACAAAGGACAACAAAUAGAUGGUCCUGCUAUAAUUUAUUGCUGAGAAUUCAGGGUUUCUGUAGCUUGUGCAAAAGGCCUGAGAGGAGAAAUGCAAGAAGUGAGAAUAUCUUAACAGAUACCUCUAGAAGCAGAGAUGACUUAUUGCCACAGCAACACUGCCGUCCAAAGGCUCAGCAUCAGCAGCCUCGUCCAGACGUCACGUCUACUUCCCAUCAUGUUAACGUCGUUUAUUCUAAAGUCAAUGUGCCAUAUGGAAAACAAGCUCCAUCUGCACAAAGGCCUGGAGGAAGCCAACAGACAUGUACGAAGGAUGACACUCUCAACUACGCUUCUCUACACUUUCCGAUAAAGAAGAAAGAAGAAGUAGAGUCUGUCUAUUCACAAGUGUCUAAGCCAAACCCAUGCAAACAGGAAAAACUGGAGGACUAUGAGAACAUCAACAUGGUAUCACCAAUUAAAAUUCCAUAUAAUUUCGACGAUGACUCAGAGACCAGCGAUGAAGAUGAGGUCAACUAUGCUCAGGUGGACAUUAUUCCAAAACCUUCCGGCCAGACAGACUCAUCAGACUCAUCAGACUCCAGCACCUCUGAGGAUGAGACUCAGUACUCUGACGUCAAACUGUGAUUCAACACACUCUUUAAGAUCAAAACAGGAAGCUGGUUUACAGGAAGCUGUAAACCAUCAUAUUUUUAAAAGGAUAUGCAAAUAUGAUUCAAUUUGUGUGCAAUGACAAAGUACUAGAAGAGAUAAGGAAGUGAAAAGUGUUCCAUUUAUAAUUAAAUUGUAUAGUGUCAGAAAAAGCCCCUCUUCUAAGUUUUUCUGUUCCUGCUUUGUUGUCACACAGAUUUAAGGUUACUGAAGAAAAAAAAACUAAGUAAAUAGAUAAAAGAAUAAGUCAAAUUAUGAUUCGACUUAUUUUUUUUAUCAAAACCGAGCUUACCCUACGUGAAAACAGGAAACCACAUUUUUCAACCGUGAAUGAACUGUAAAUGCACAUACCAAGGUCUUAAGAUGUGACCUGUAGAUUGAAAAUAUUUUUAAUAGAAUAUUACUGACUAUAUGAAUGUAUUUAAAAUAUUAAAAAAGUAGCCUCUACCCGAAGCAACUCAAGAAGCAGUCCCUGACAUCUGUCUGCAAAGAGUUACAAAGUCGUAUGCAAGGAUUUGGCUCCAUCAAAGUAACUUAAUAGUAACACAGCAUUUCAAAAAAUGAACAUAAAACCAACAGGCAAAACUAGCAGUGACAGUGUAAAAGUCGUGGCCUGCUUCGACGCUUCAGCA